CGGUGACGUCACGCUCCGGCUCCAACUGCUUUUCGGGUCGCACUCAGAAGGGGACGAGUUUUCCCAAGAAAUUAAAUCCACCGCCGCCGACCGCUCCCAACUUCCGAGACCCUCCGCUACCGCCGGAUAGAAGCCGCCGAAAAAUGGGCAACUGUCAACCCACGGUUUUUCCCUAUGAGGAUUUCGACGUGGUGGCAGACAUCAAGGCCAUCCGCAAAGCCUGCAAAGGGUUCGGAACCGACGAGCAGACCAUCAUCGACAUCCUGGCGAACCGCAGCGCAGCUCAGCGUCAGGAAAUCAAGGCAGCUUAUUUCGAAAAAUAUGACGACGAACUGGUGGAUGUGUUGAAGAGAGAACUGUCGGGGAAUUUUGAGAAUGCCAUCCUCGCGAUGCUUGACCCGCCCAUCGUCUACGCUGUGAAGGAGCUUAGGAAGGCCAUGAAAGGACCGGGAACUGAUGAGGACGUCCUGGUGGAAAUCCUCUGCACUGCCACCAACGCUGACAUCGUCAUGUUUAAGGAAUGCUACUUUCAGGUGCAUGAGCGCGAUCUGGAAGCAGAUAUAGAGAGCGAUACGAGCGGGGACGUUAGAAACCUUCUCAUGGCUCUGCUGCAGGGAACCAGAGAUGAAAGUUACGAGGUGGACGAGGACCUGGCGGAUCAAGAUGCCACUGCCCUGUUCGAGGCCGGUGAGGGUCGCUUUGGAACAGAUGAAUCCACCUUCAGCUACGUCUUGGCCACCAGGAACUACCUGCAGCUCCAGGCAACCUUCAAGAUAUAUGAACAGCUCUCUGGAACUGAAAUUCUGGAUGCUAUUGAGAACGAGACAUCUGGAACCCUGAAAAAAUGUUACACUGCACUUGUCAGAGUGGCUAAAAAUCCGCAGCUCUACUUCGCCAGACGUCUGCACAAAGCGAUGAAAGGAGCAGGAACAGAUGAAGACACCCUGAUUCGGAUCAUCAUCUGCCGCUCUGAGUAUGAUUUGGAGACAAUCAAAGACAUGUACCUGGAGAAGUACGACGUGUCCCUGAAGGACGCCAUCCGGGACGAGUGUGGCGGUGACUUCAAGCGCCUCCUGCUGGCCAUUUGUCACUAGAAGCUGAAAAAGUUUUCUGUCUAACAGACUAACUUUCCUCAGUCCAUGUAAGGCAUUAAGGAGCAGGAGGGUGCAGAAGUGACGGAGUUAUUUUUAAUCUCACUUAAAUGUGUCGUUCAUGUUCUUUGUCGACAUGUAAGAUCCAUCAGUGUGUAGAACUUUGAUCUGAUAAUUAAUUCCCAUUUCCUAGUCUUGCUUUUCAGCCCUAACUCCUAACCUUUAUAACAACACUAAGAUUUCUGAGUUUCUAACAUAGAUAAAAGCCCGCCGAUGGCUCACUGAUGCAAAUACAGCUGAGGUGAUGUCAUGAGAUGCUUUAGGGCUUCAUAAGAUAACUUUAUAAAGUAAUUUAGUGUUUUAGCCUCAGUGUGACCCUUCUAUGAGAUAAUUACAUUUGUAAACUACUCAGCUAAAUCUCCCUCCACCCCUCAUAGACCUCUUACUCCUCGCUGCUACUACGACUUAUGCAAUCACACCAUGUGGAAUGAAGUUUGUGCUUUUAAUGAAGGAUUGUGAAGGUUUAGACUGUUAAUGAAGGAGUAUCAUGGAAGAAGUUACUGAAACGUUUCCACAGAUGACCCAGAGCAGAGUUUAUGUAUUUUAUCAGUUGCUUGCUGAAGGAAAUUAUCAUAAUGUUCUCUUUGUUGUAUUUUUUUAACCUGAACUAUAGUGCUCUGACAAAUCCAAGUAUACUUCACCAUAUUAUACCUGAUUAUAUUCUCGUUUUGUAUUUUAUUACUAACAGAGAUUAGUAUUAAUAUAUAUAAUGACAGAGCUGGCUGUUUUAGGCAGUCCGGAGGUUAUAUUAACUGUGUUUAGAUAAAUUGAACUUUUAGCACCGGGAUAAUCAGGUGGUUUUUUUGUGUGUCUAUUUAUGGCAGCUUAAAUUUGUUCCACCACUUUUUAAAACUAAUAGAAACUCAAGAGCACCACAUGAGAUACUGGUAACAUAAACAAUCUGUAGCCAAAGAGUUUUAACCUAGUAAAGUUUACUGUAGAAUCAUC